AUGUCCCAAACGCAUCCGGAACGGAUUCCUGACCCUGCCAACCCAUUCCCAGGACAAGCUUCCGACGUGGAAAAACAGGGAGAACCGAGUUCUCCAGAUGCGGCCCAAGGCAAGCAAUCUGCGUUCAAGAAUCUCGGCAUACUCGACAGGUUCCUUGCUUUGUGGAUUUUCCUCGCCAUGGCAAUUGGAAUCAUUCUUGGUAACUUCGUUCCCAACACCGGGCCUGCGUUGCAAAAAGGGAAAUUUGUAGGGGUCUCCGUCCCAAUCGCUAUCGGCCUCCUUGUCAUGAUGUACCCCAUCCUUUGCAAAGUUCGAUAUGAGAGUCUGCAUCAUGUUUUCCGGACACGUCAGAUUUGGAUACAGAUUGCUUUCAGCAUAUUUGUCAAUUGGAUUAUAGCCCCGUUCUUCAUGUUGGCAUUGGCUUGGGCGUUUUUGCCUGAUGAACCAGAGCUGCGUCAGGGGUUGAUUCUUGUUGGGCUGGCUCGUUGUAUUGCUAUGGUCUUAAUCUGGACCGGAUUAGCAGGAGGAGACGGUGAAUACUGUGCCAUCCUGGUUGCUGUCAAUUCGAUCCUCCAAAUGGUGCUAUUCGCUCCUUUAGGGGUCCUGUUUAUUCAAGUUAUAAGCGGCGAUUCCGUCACAUUCGAGUACUCUACUGCCGCUGAAAGUGUGGCUGUAUUCCUCGGGAUCCCCCUAGGCGCCGCAAUCCUCACGCGCUUCACCCUCCGAUGGGUUACAAGCGCAAGAUGGUAUGAUGAAGUCUUUCUGAAAUGGGCCAGCCCCUGGUCAUUGAUCGGGCUUUUAUUCACAAUCCUGGUGCUUUUUGCUUCUCAAGGACGCCAGGUGGUGCAUCAGAUCGUCUCCGUUAUCCGGGUUGCGGCCCCUCUUAUUGUUUACUUCAUCGUCAUAUUUUUCACUACUCUCCUCAUCACAUACAAGCUGGGUUUUGGGUAUAAAUUGGCGGCGACACAGAGUUUUACUGCAGCUAGCAACAACUUUGAGCUGGCCAUCGCUGUCGCCGUUGUGACAUUCGGAGCGGACAGCAACCAGGCUCUUGCAUCUACAGUGGGGCCGCUAAUCGAGGUUCCAGUGCUGUUGGGGCUUGUCUACGCUGUGAAAGCUCUGGCGCAGCGAUUCGGUUGGAAAGAUUGA